AUCACUGCUACAGUUCUGGAGCACAUGUUGACUACAGAGCAGAGAGGAGAGCUGCCCAAGACCCUGACUGACAUGUACUCACACUUCCUGCUGGUUCAGACAAAGAGGAAGAAGAACAAGUACCAUGAGGGACAUGAGACGAGUCCACAAGAACUGACGCAGGUUGACAGGGAAGUUCUUCUGAAGCUGGGGAGGCUGGCGUUUGAACAUCUGGAGAAAGGAAACAUCAUGUUCUACCACGAAGACCUGGAGCAGUGUGGUCUGGAUGUCACGGAGGCCUCAGUGUACUCAGGAGUUUGUACAGAGAUCUUCAAAAGAGAGUGUGUGAUCUUCCAGAAACCAGUCUACUGCUUUGUUCAUCUGAGCAUUCAGGAGUUUCUGGCUGCAGUCUACAUGUUCCACUGUUUCACCAACAGGAAGACAGAGGUGCUGGAAGCCUUCCUUGGAGAAAAGUACAGUGGGUCAUCUCUGGAUGAUUUCCUUAAACAAGCCAUGGAGAAAUCCCUUCAGAGUAAAAAUGGCCACCUGGACCUGUUUGUUCGCUUCCUUCAUGGCCUCUCUCUGGAGUCCAACCAGAGACUCUUAGGAGGUCUGCUGGGUCAGACAGAGAGCAGUCCAGGAACCAUUCAGAGAGUCAUUAACAAUCUUAAGGAGAUGAACAGUGAUGAAAUUUCUCCUGACAGAAGUAUCAACAUCUUCCACUGUCUGGUAGAGAUGAACGACCUCUCAGUACAUCAGGAGAUCCAAGUAUUCUUGAAGUCAGCUAACAGAUCAGAAAAGAAACUCUCUGAGAUCCACUGCUCAGCUCUGGCCUACAUGCUGCAGAUGUCAGAGGAGGUUCUGGAUGAGUUAGACCUAAACAAGUACAAAGCAUCAUUGGAGGGGCGACUUAGACUUUUUCCAGUUGUGAGGAAUUGCAGAAAGGCUCGACUGACUCAUUGUGUACUCUCAGACGCUCACUGUGAGGUUGUGGCCUCAGCUCUGAAGUCUAACCCCUCUCAUCUAACAGAGCUGGACAUGAGUAAAAACAACCUGAAGGAUUCAGGGGUGAAACUGCUCUCAGCUGGACUGGAGAGUCCAAACUGUCAGCUGAAGACUCUGAGAUUGAAGGACUGCUGGUUGUCAGUUAACAGCUGUGAGUCUCUGCUGUCUGCUCUGGAUUCCAGUCCUUCCCAUCUGAGAGAACUUGACCUGAGUAAAAACCAUCUGCAUGAUUUAAAUGUGAAACAACUGUGUGGUUUUCUGGAGAGUCCACACUGUAGACUGGAGACUCUGAGACUGGGAGGCUGCCGUUUGUCAGAGAGCAACUGUACCUCUCUAGUGUCAGCGCUGAAAUCCAACCCCUCACAUCUAAGAGAACUAGACCUGAGCUCUAAUGACAACAUGCAGGAUUCAGGAGUAAAGCAGCUGUGUGGUUUUCUGGAGAAUCCACACUGUCGACUGGAGACUCUGAGAUUGGAACGCUGCAGUUUAUCAGAGAUCAGCUGUGCUGCUCUUGUCUCAACUCUUAAAUCCACACCCUCCCAUCUGAAACAUCUGGACCUGAGUGAAAACAGGAACCUGCAGGAUUCAGGUGUGGAGCUGCUGUGUGGUUUUCUGGAGAGUCCACACUGUAUACUGGAGACUCUGAGAUUAAAGAACUGCAGGUUGUCAAAGAUCAGCUGUUCUCAUCUGGUCUCAGCUCUUGCUAAGUCCAACUCCUCCCAUCUGAGAGAGCUUGAUGUGAGCCACAACAACACACUACUGGAUUCAGGAGUGAAGCAGCUGUGUGGUUUUCUAGGGAGUCCACACUGUAGACUUGAAACUCUGAGACUGGGGAACUGUGGUUUGUCAGAAAUCAGCUGUGAUUAUCUGGCCUCAACUCUAAAGUCCAGACCCUGUCAUCUAAGAGAACUUGACCUAAGUGGCAAUAAAAAUCUGCAGGAUUCUGGAGUAGAGCAGCUGUGUGGUUUUCUGGAGAGCCCACACUGUCGACUGGAGACUUUGAGACUGGAGGACUGCAGCUUGUCAGAACACAGCUGCAGAUUUCUGGUGUCAGCUCUGAAGUCCAACCCCUCCUUUCUUAGAGAGCUGGACCUGAGCUCCAACUACAAACUGCAGGAUUUAGGAGUGGAGCAUUUGUGUGGUUUUCUGGAUAGUCCACAGUGCAGACUGGAAACUCUGAGACUGGAGUACUGUGGUCUGUCAGAGAUCAGCUGUGAGUAUCUGGCUUCAGCGCUAAAGUCCAGCCCGUCCUAUCUGAGCGAGCUGCGCCUGAGAGGAAACAACCUGCAGGAAUCGGAUCUGAAGCAGCUGUCUGAGCUUGUGGAGAAUCCACAGUGGAGACUGGAGACUCUGGGGGUUGACAGGAUGAUUGAACCUUCCAAUGAAAACGCCUGUGACUCUGAACAAACACUGGAUAUAAACCCUUUAGCUGAUUUAUCUGAGGAUGACAUAGAGCCAAUCAAGCCUCCAUCAAGCUUCACACCUGAAGUACAAACUGAAUCCACACAAAUCUCAUACAGGUUCAGGUGUCCUGGUCCAGGUGUGUUCCAGUGUACUCUGACCAGACUGGUGUUUGUUAUGGCUCAGGAGGCGGAGCUGCUGUACAGGAAUGUCCAAUGGGAUGAGAGCCUCCUUCAACAAGCUGGAAAAACAGCUGCAGGGCCGCUGUUUAACAUCACGUGCUCUGAGGAUGCAGUCCGUCAGCUCCACCUGCCACACUGUGAAACAAAGGAGGCGUUGUGUGUUGAUGGCCUGCUGUCUGUCGCGCACAUCUUUGAUGAUGGGAUAAGCAUCUUGAAACCGAUGAGGAUCACCGACACGCAUGUGAUUGUGAACGUCUCCCACCUCUCUGCCUUUGGCCUUAUCUGGAAUUUUGUUAAAAAGUCCUUUAAAAUCCCAGAACCAGGCCAGGUUCUGCUGUUCCUCCGAUUUAAAGACACAGUGCCUCUAAAAAUCAACGUGUUUCUCCUGCAUGAAAGAAUCCAUCUGUCAGAGGUUAAAAAGCAACAAGGCAAUGAUGCUACAUACAUUGAGACGUCUUCAGACUGCGUGCUUCACAUCGGUCAGCGUUACAGUGUCCACUGUGAACCCGACGGCCUGAAGAUACAGCCGAACCACGCAGAGUUUUGGAACAAGCGUGGACCGAAUUACUAUCCAACAUUUGAGGUUUUCCUGACUGCAAACCUGGAGGUUGUGACUCUGAUAGUCAAGGACCAAGAUGGAAAUGAAGCCUGGCGUCGUGAUGUGUUUGUCCCAGAAAAGGACCGAGUCUCACCAGAGGACAGCGCACACCACAAAACAAGAAAAGAUGAGGAUAAGCUGCAGCUAAUCCGCUCAGAGUUUAUUGAAAGAGUGUCUGCAGAGGGUUUAAACAAAAUUGUAGAUAAACUCCUCGAGCGUCAUAUUAUAAUUGAUGAAGAGAUGGAGUCUGGGACAUUUGAGACAAAAAGCAGAGCAAAUAAAGUGCGAUGCAUAAUCGACACCGUGCUACGAAAAGGAAAUGACGCCUGCAGACAUCUGCUCGAUGUUCUCAAAGAGGUGGACCCAUCCCUUUUCAGAGUGCUCGUGCCAAAGCGAAGCCAAAAAAAACCUGUAAAGAAGCUCAUGAGCUGUGGUGCUAAAGUCUCACGUUACUCAGUGAAAUCUUGAAAUGACCAGUUUUUGUGAUUCUCUUGAACCAAUUUGGACUUGUUUGACUGGAUGCUGAGCAGAAAACCAGAUGGAGUUGUUAUCAAUCUCAGACUGCUUCAUAAUGUUAAAGGUGUUUCCGUAAAGUUUAGUCAUUCUAGCUUUCUCUCACUAGAUGGCAACAGAAGAUCGGUGAUAGAGGCAGUACCUCACACAUAUAGACAGGAAAUGUGCACGUUAACAUGAUGUUUAUCAUUUUAAACUGAUAGAAAUGAUAUUUUUAGGUUUUACUCAAACUAUUUUUAAAUAAUCCCAGAUUAAAUGGUAAAUGGAUUCUUAUAUAGUCAAGUACUCAGAUUAACAAUAACAAUUUCAAGGUGCUUUAUUUUGGAAGGGAAAGACAUGGUCUUCAAACUUUCGUGGUUUGAAGGAUCAACGCUGCAAGUUUAUUUUUUUCAGUCUUGAUCAUCUGAAUCAAUCAAAUUAAUGUUACUGUGAAAUUAUUCUAAUUAUUUUGUACGAAUUUUGGCUGUUAUGUGUUUACAUUGCAUUAAUAGCAACCAUCUGUCUUAACUGUUCCUUAUGUGAUUAAAAUCACCACAGUUUGGUAAUCACACAGAUUCAUGUUUCCUUUUUCUCUGCUAAUAAAUGAAGCCAUUAAAUUUCCUCUAAAA